AUGUCUGCCAUCACGCCGUCGACAAUGGAUCUAGAUCAAUCUUCCACCGACCCUUUUGUCGAUGAGACCACUCCGCGGAACGAUACUCCCAUCCCCAUCGACCUGUUGAGCGCCCCCCGACCCAAGUCACCAGACCUGGAGGGUGGAUCAUCGAGCCUCUCCUCAGCGCCCUCAACCCCAACCAAGGCGCCAGCCGAUCGUCGUCGUCCUGCGCCCCCCAAGCCAAAGCUCACUGCCCUGCAAGAGGCCACCCGGGAGGUCCGCUCGGUCGCUGUCGAAAUCAAAGAGACCAGAGCCGAAUACAAGCGCGCCCGCGGCUUGUUCGAGCACCUCACGCGGGACGAGAGCGCCACCGCCGAGAUUCUCGACGCCGCCUUCGACGCCACCAACAGACGUCUCGUGCGCGCGAUCGAGGAUGACGAGAGGAUCCAGAGCGGCAACCCACCGAGACACGUGCCGUACCCGCCCGAGAAAAUCCCCGAGCUUCUGGCGGCCGUGGAGAAGGCCGAGGCGGACAGGGAGAACUGGUACGCGGAGACCAGACGGCUGUUUUGGAUCUUUGAGGUCAUUGACCGAGAGACACUCCCGGCGUUGAGGCGCAAGAUGGGGGCGGCACAGAAAAAGGAGGCCGCUGCGAGACAGAUGAAAGAUGACCAGGCCGCUGCAGCGGCGUGUCAGGAAUCUAUUCUGGCUUUGGGAACUCCGACGGACCCGGGAAACGUCUCUGAUCGUUCUCCUGCAACGGUUCGCCGCAUUCGUCCGGACAAGACGCCGAUCACUUCGCCGGCGACUUCCGAUGCUGGCAGCCAAGCUACCCUUGAUCGGGGUACACGAAACGCUAUGCGGCGAGCUACUGCUCCUGCCGCAACCCCCGAGACGCCUACUAAGAAAUCUCGUCGUUGA